AUGGCCAGAGUUCGGACGGUUCUUAGCAAACGUGUGGUUCAGUUGAAUGACUGUCGCCACGAGUUACGCCAUAUAAGCCCCGGGAUGGCCCACCUUAUCGAACGGUUCGACACACGCGUCCACAACCUCGGCAAUAAGGGAAUGUUUGAUGCCGUGCGUUGGCUACCGGCCCCGUACGGGCCCAGGUGGGCGCUGCCCGAGUGGGGUCGACUCAUGGGGUACACCACGAGCUACCUUAUAGAGCACACGUACGUCUUUCCGUCCCUGGAUUCACGGCAUUAG